CUCUCACCACCCACCCACACACACGAUAUACAACCAUCACACUCAAUAUAGUAUGAACCUCAGGCGCACCAACCCCACGCCCUUCCCCACUCUCGUAUACUCUAUUGUAUAAACUUAUGAAAAUUAAAGAGUUUUGCGGCUUUUCGAUUUUUCUGUUUACCAGUAAUUCCACUUUAAAAAAGCUUGAUUGUGAAAACUGCCAAAAGCAGAUAUGACUCACUCUCCGAUCAUUUUUAACCAGUACCUUUAUGCUAUGUAACAGGCUGUGUGAGGCUUAUACCACUAGACCGCUCUCAACCUGAUGGUGAUCGAACCAACACCAAAUAGUUCAUCCAAUGGAUCAAGUCCCGGGCAAGAAACUCCAGGUAGAUGCCUCUACCCUGGAGGCGACCUACUGCCAACCCUGCUCCCACGAUGGGGAAACCCUCCCAGCCGAGGCCUACUGUACUGUUUGCAAGGAGUUUAUGUGCUUCAACUGCAUAAGUGUCCACAAGAAAAUAAGAAUGACAAAGUCCCAUACACUUCUUGACAAGAGCAGCAUGCCUUCUACUAUGCAAGAUUUAACAAACAAAGAAGUGAGCACAAAACCUUGUAACAUUCACCCUGAAGAAUGUAUUAAAUACUUCUGCCCGACCCAUCAGACACUUAAUUGCGGACAUUGUUCGGUACUUGAUCAUCAAUCUUGUAAACAGCAGAUCAUUUCUGAAAUUGCUAAAGCCUUUAAAGAGAGCCAGGGUUAUAAAGCCAUGAAACAGGUUAUUGUCCAACUACUGGAAGACAUUGAUGCCUGUGUAUCUAAUGUUGAUGAAAACACUAAGCUCGUAAAAGACCUUGGAGAACGCGAGAUUGCAAAAAUAAGGAAUUAUCGACAUCAGAUCAACAAAUACUUUGACGAACGUGAACAAACACUCAUUGACACCAUUGCUGAGAUGAAAAACAUGGAUGAAAUACUCCUUAAAUCACUGAAACCCAAAUGUGACAACAUUAAGACCCAGGUCGGUGAAAUUAAAGCAAAAUUAGCAGCCCAAGAGAACAACACUAGCCAGUUGUUUAUUGAGGCCCAUAUAUCCAAGAACUUGCUGGAGGGACUGCAAUUAAGACUUGCUGAAAUUAAGAAGAAGAAUACGAUACAACAGUAUCAGAUUAGGAAUGACCCCGCCACUGAAAGUUUGCUGCGUUCCAGGACAGGCCUUGGCACUUUCGAAAAGUUUGAUACUUCACAAAGUCUAGGUCGGAGAUAUAAGAGUUCGAGGAAGUCCACGACACAAAAUGAGGGCGAGAGGAAUACUAAAACAUCUGAUCCUACUUCCAAUGUUCAAGCAGUAAGGGACCAGAAUACCACUACAUCUGAUCCUACUACCAACAUACAAGCCAUUGGCGACAUCAAGGCUACCCAAUCAACCAAGAUGUUCACGGCCAAUACAGUACCAGAACCACCUUUAAAUCCUAGUGGAUCGCAAACAUCUGCAAAACCAAAGCAAAAAACACAGAACACAGUCAGCAAUGACCUGACCAGUCUGAAGUUUACCACAGCCCCAGACAUCCUAGUCAAGCCUAGAUCUGACACUGAGAACUGCUGGAUGAGGGACAUUCUCCUCCUGUCUGGGGACAGACUGUUACUGAGUGACGGUUCAAAAGGAACAUUGAAACUCGUAGACCUCAAGACCAGCAGUCUAAUGACCGAGGUCGAUGUGCAAGGCUGCCCAUGGGGCAUGUGUCACAUCCCUGGGGACAUGGUGGCUGUUAGUGUUACUCAUAGUAUUCAGUUCUUGGAGACUCGGGGGAAACUCAUCCUCGGAAAGAACAUCAAGGUGGAUAAUGGUUGUCGUGGUGUUGGUUACCACAACGGUAACUUAAUUAUUUCAUUCGAGAGCGGAAAGGUUCAAAAGAUUGAUAUGGAAGGGAAAGGGUUGAAUAAAAUGUCAAAUAUGUCGUUUAAAACCCCUUGGUACUUAAAGAUAGUCGGUGACGAUCAGACAGCAGCCAUAUAUGUGUCCGACUUUACGAAGUUCGAAAUCACUAAGCUGGACAUGAACUUGAACAUUCUCGAAACAUUCAAGAACCCCGCACUACGUUUACCAAUAGGUAUCACUGCAGUGGGAAACCAGCUGAUCAUUUGUGAUUGGGAUAGUGACAAUAUAAUGUGCCUGGACCUUCCCAGUGGCAAGAUGACCCAGCUACUGGGGAAGGAGGAAGGGAUAGUGGCACCAUUCUGUUCCUGCUACAGUCAGCAACAGAACAAGUUGUAUGUUUUCCUCUGGACAAGUGGGGAUGCCGACAAUUAUGUUAAGGUGUAUGAUACAACACCAAAAUUGAAGUAGACAUAUUUUCUUUGAAUUAGCAAUGGGGUCAAGUUAACAACUAUGCACUUACAUUUCAACAGAACUACAGAAUGUUUGUUCCUUUAUAUACAUAUUUAUGUUUUCUGUGAUUGUUGUGAACACAAUAAUAGUAUGUUGUUAAGAGAUAUUAUCACUACUUUAACUAUUAUUAUUAUUAUUAUUAUUAUUAUUAUUAUUAUUAUUUAUUAUUAUUAUUAUUAUUAUUAUUAUUAUUAUUAUUAUUAUUAUUUUUAUAGGGAAGAAUCUUCCUUGUGUUUGUUUGUUUAUUUAUUUGAGUUCAUCAAGGUCUGCCCGCGCCCAUUGGCUGCAUUAUGGCUUGACCCCGCCGUGACGCCAUAACGACUUAUAUUGUGUUUAAAUGCCAUGAGUGACAUGAGACAGAAGUGACAGCAAUUCGCAGUCAAAUCCAGACAUUGGAAGACUUGAAGAAACAGAGUGAGAUACAAGAGAUCCGGGUACGAUACCCUAGCUCUUUGCGAAGAGACUUCUUGGUUCUUUAAGGUUGUCGGUGUAAAGCACCGAUACAAAGGGAUACAACAUUGAACCAUUACUGAGAACACCACUUUUCCGAGCCCUUUAGAUGCUGAGCGCCAGGCAAGGGCGCUACGUGUACCAACUUUUAACGUCUUUUGGUAUGACGCAGCCAGGGAUAGAACCAACGACCUCCCGCUCCAUAGGCGGAUGCCACAACCACUCGGCCACGGAGACGGUUGAUUACCUUUGUGAAGAGCUAUCGGCAUAUUUAACAAUAUCUUACCUAAAACGAUGUGUAAGUCGUGAUCUCAUUAGAUUAUUUUGAACCGAUAUUACAUUUACAUCCGUAACUUCUCAGCCAUUUCCAUGAGGUGUGUCUCGUGCGACCAAUCAAGUGGCUGGAUUUCACCUUAUUAAUUAUUCAUGAGUACGAGAUUUGUACAGCUGUUUUGCCUAGGGUAUCAUGAUAUGUUAUGAUAUGCUAGGGUGCAGAGGAUGCACUUAUUAGGCAGGGGACGCAUAUCGAAAGUUGUUACAUCCCCUUUUCUUAUGCCACUCUAGCGCCAAAACCUGGAUACACCCAUAGUAAAACAGAUAUUAAAUACCAACGAACGAAAUAAAGGUUUCAGAAAACUUUAUUAACAUACAAAUUAAAAUAUGAAAGAACAUGUAAGUACAAUAAGUAAAAGCUCUAAUAUGUACAACCAUUAUGAAAAUCAACUGGCAAAUAUAUAAUAGCACAUACAUGUUGAUAAACGAAUGAAACAACAGAUAACAGUUUAUUAAACGUUAACAUUCCUACAUAACACAUGAAACUGUUUGCAUGGAUAUAACCUGUAUUGAUCAGCAUAGUUUCUUAUGAUGAAACAAAUAUGAACAUAUGUGUUCAGUUUUAAUAAUCUACAGCUUUCAAAUGGAUUGCAAUGCAUUAGAUUGAUAUACAAUGUAAACUAAUAAAUGAAAUGGUGGUUACAAACAUGUAAAUUACUUAUGGAACGAGAGCAGUGUUUGGAUAGUAGUUUUUGAUAAAGAUCUUUGGAAUUACAAUAUAAAGGCAAUAAUCAAAAUAAUCUCUGGGUUUCAGGUCAAAGACUUACAUUCUUUUGUUUAAAAAUAUCCAAAUUCUACUUACAGAUUAUACAAAAAAAAACGAAUUACAUGUAUGUGUAUUUAUUAUAAUAUAUACAUACUUUAAUGAAGAAAAAAAAUGAAUCAAUGAAAUGUUCUUUUCGCCUCAUUUUACACUUAGUACUUUUACUCUUAUUCAAAAUAAUGAAAUCACUCAUUUGGAACACCUCAGCCACUUUUCAUUGAAAACAACCGCGAAUGUAUGCCCGUAUAACAGUAAAGAUAGUUCGUAAAAUUUAAAUAAUAGUGAUAAUUAAUAUUAAAAACAAAAUCGCUGUAGUAUUUUAACGUGUAUUUUGUAUUACUAAGUUUAAAAUGAUUGCCAGUGAAGUGUAUAAUUGCAUAAAUAAUUAAGAUACCAAAGAGUCAUUAAUAUUAAUUGCUUAAUUCGAAUAACUACGCAAUCAACUUGCAGUGUAGUUAAAUGUAAAGAUUUCUGACAUUGUAAACCAUCCAUAAACAUCCGAGGUUGUUUUCGAUGGAAAAUGUCCGAGGUGUUCCGAAUGUUAUAUCUCUAUGCAAGAAUCUGGAAAUGAAUUGGCCAUGUAGUGAUUUUAUUUUGGUAUAAACCUGGCGGCUUACAACAGUAUCUGCGUAAAAAGGUCAACAAUAUGAUACAGCUAUUAGAAAAAAAUAAUGGAUAUAUCUGGUUAUUAUUUUGAUUACAUUUUGUAUAAUAACUUUAUUCUGUUUAACUAUAUUUCUUAUGACUUAUAUAUGU